CGACAUCACCCAUCCCAGGAUAUGCCUUCAAGCCUCCACCCCGGCCGGAUUUCGGCACCACCGGGAGAACAAUCAAACUACAGGCCAACUUCUUUGAAAUGGACAUCCCCAAAAUUGACAUCUACCACUAUGAAUUGGACAUCAAACCUGAGAAAUGCCCUCGGAGAGUGAACAGGGAAAUAGUGGAGCACAUGGUCCAGCACUUUAAAACCCAGAUCUUCGGGGACCGGAAGCCAGUGUUUGAUGGACGGAAGAAUCUGUACACAGCUAUGCCCCUUCCAAUUGGCAGGGACAAGGUGGAACUGGAGGUCACGCUGCCAGGAGAAGGCAAAGAUCGCAUCUUUAAGGUAUCCAUCAAGUGGGUAUCCUGCGUGAGCUUGCAGGCGUUACACGAUGCACUUUCGGGGCGGCUGCCCAGCGUCCCCUUCGAGACGAUCCAGGCCCUGGACGUUGUCAUGAGGCACUUGCCAUCCAUGAGGUACACCCCUGUUGGCCGUUCCUUCUUCACUGCAUCUGAAGGCUGUUCCAACCCUCUGGGAGGGGGCAGAGAAGUGUGGUUUGGCUUCCAUCAGUCCGUCCGACCUUCUCUUUGGAAAAUGAUGCUGAACAUCGAUGUAUCAGCAACAGCAUUUUACAAGGCACAGCCAGUGAUCGAGUUUGUUUGUGAAGUGUUGGAUUUUAAAAGUAUUGAAGAACAACAAAAACCUCUGACAGAUUCCCAAAGGGUAAAGUUUACCAAAGAAAUUAAAGGUCUAAAGGUGGAGAUAACGCACUGUGGUCAGAUGAAGAGGAAAUACCGUGUCUGCAAUGUGACCCGGCGGCCUGCCAGUCACCAAACGUUCCCACUGCAGCAGGAGAGUGGGCAGACAGUGGAGUGUACAGUGGCUCAGUACUUCAAGGACAGGCACAAGCUGGUUCUGCGCUACCCCCACCUCCCAUGUUUACAAGUUGGACAAGAGCAGAAACACACCUACCUUCCUUUGGAGGUCUGUAACAUAGUUGCUGGACAGAGAUGUAUAAAAAAAUUAACAGACAAUCAGACCUCAACCAUGAUCAGAGCAACUGCCAGGUCAGCGCCCGAUCGGCAAGAGGAGAUCAGCAAAUUGAUGCGAAGUGCAAGUUUCAAUACAGACCCAUAUGUUCGUGAAUUUGGGAUCAUGGUGAAAGAUGAGAUGACAGAUGUGACAGGGCGGGUUCUGCAGCCGCCCUCCAUCCUCUACGGGGGCAGGAACAAAGCGAUUGCCACCCCUGUCCAGGGUGUGUGGGACAUGAGAAACAAGCAGUUCCACACGGGCAUCGAGAUCAAGGUGUGGGCCAUCGCCUGCUUUGCACCCCAGCGCCAGUGUACAGAAGUCCAUCUCAAGUCCUUCACAGAGCAACUGAGGAAGAUCUCAAGAGAUGCUGGGAUGCCUAUCCAGGGUCAGCCCUGCUUCUGUAAAUAUGCACAGGGGGCAGACAGUGUGGAACCCAUGUUCCGACACCUGAAGAACACAUACGCUGGUCUCCAGCUGGUGGUGGUUAUCCUGCCUGGCAAAACUCCUGUGUACGCGGAAGUCAAGCGUGUGGGAGACACAGUGCUGGGCAUGGCCACGCAGUGUGUCCAGAUGAAGAACGUGCAGAGGACCACGCCACAGACCCUAUCCAAUCUCUGCUUAAAGAUCAAUGUCAAACUGGGAGGAGUCAACAACAUCCUGCUGCCACAGGGCAGGCCUCCAGUGUUCCAGCAACCUGUCAUCUUCCUGGGAGCCGAUGUUACCCACCCACCAGCUGGGGAUGGGAAGAAACCUUCGAUUGCUGCCGUCGUGGGCAGCAUGGACGCACACCCCAACCGCUACUGUGCCACCGUGCGCGUACAGCAGCACCGACAGGAGAUCAUCCAGGACCUGGCUGCUAUGGUUCGAGAGCUGCUCAUUCAGUUCUACAAAUCCACACGCUUCAAGCCCACCCGCAUCAUCUUCUACCGAGACGGCGUCUCUGAGGGCCAGUUCCAGCAGGUUCUUCACCAUGAGCUCCUGGCCAUCAGAGAGGCCUGCAUAAAGCUGGAGAAGGACUAUCAGCCAGGGAUCACAUUCAUCGUGGUGCAGAAGCGGCACCACACACGUCUCUUCUGCACAGACAAGAAUGAGCGGGUUGGAAAGAGUGGGAACAUCCCAGCAGGCACAACCGUCGACACGAAGAUCACCCACCCAACUGAGUUUGACUUCUACCUGUGCAGUCAUGCUGGCAUCCAGGGGACAAGCCGUCCUUCCCACUACCACGUGCUCUGGGAUGACAAUCGUUUCUCUUCUGAUGAGCUUCAGAUUCUGACCUACCAGCUGUGUCACACCUACGUGCGCUGCACACGCUCUGUGUCAAUUCCUGCGCCAGCUUACUAUGCUCACCUGGUGGCCUUCCGAGCCAGGUACCACCUGGUGGAUAAAGAACAUGACAGCGCUGAAGGAAGCCAUACCUCUGGGCAGAGCAACGGGCGAGAUCACCAAGCGCUGGCCAAGGCGGUCCAGGUCCACCAGGACACACUGCGCACCAUGUACUUUGCUUGACAUGUUGUAUUGUUUAGCGAUUGUGUACCAAGUUGGAUUCACGAGACCAGCUACACUCAGACCAACAGAUGCCCAGCCCUUCCGUGACAGCCAGCAUCGAACAUGAGACGUCUUUGGUUUUAUUAGAUCCUCCAUUUUCCAGAAUGCCUUCCGUCCCAGAUUUCAGACUUGGAUUUUGAGCUACAGGCCUGUAUGAGACCCCCAUUGUAGGAAACGUGGUUUGCCAAACCUAUAAGCUGCUCACUGAGAGUCUCGUUUCCUAAAAGCAAAAAACAACAAAAUGUCCUAAGACCAGUCUAUGAACUCUCAGGGCUUUAAAAGGUUUUAAUUUAUUCGGUCAUUCGAUUUACUUGUUCUUAACACCUGAUUCUCAAUGAAAUCGAUGGGCUCAAUCUAGCUGUGAAGGCUCUGAGCAGGAAAGCACCAUUACCAUUGGGGUUUUAAAGCCUGGCCCUAGAAGUUGUCACCAAUGUUGAGUGCUAAGGGCUGCCAUGUGCCCUGCAGCCCCAGGGCACUUGGCUGCUAGAUAUCCACAGUGUCCCUCGCUGGCCACUGCCUGCCCUCGAGGCCUGAAUGAAGGCAUAGUGGCCAAGGGGAUGGUCACGUGUGUUUAGGGCAGUGACAAGUUUGAGAGAUUGGCAGACAAGUGCCAUUUUGAUAAAAAUUUAUUUAAAAAGAGAAAAAAGACAAUAUACUGACAGUCUAAUCAUAAGAUUUGUCCUGUAGGACUGUGACAUUUAUUUUCCAAAGUUUCUAAAGAAUACGGGUCUGUGGUGAUAGAUACAGUACAAUCCUUUUUCACUGUUAUGUCUUUAAUGUAAGAGAAGAAUAUAUGUAUCUGGUUUGCAGUA